AAAUUCAACAGUUCUCUGACAUUAAUAUGAAGGAAAUGAUGGACACUCUUAAAGCCAUUGACGACCACAAGGAGACUGAAGCCGAGAAGAAAGUUAUUCCAGAAGAGAUAAACAAAAAGCCGGUCAAUGAGAAAGAGGAUAAUUUCUUCGAAAGUUUGCCAAAUUUGUUGGAAAAGUUUCGGCUAUUUAUGAGUCCUUCCGAUUAUAACGACUUAAACCAAUUGUUCACAAGAGAUGACAGUCCUCUCAAUCUGGAGGGACGGAAACGACUCGAUCGCGAUUUCAACUCAUUUAUGCAAUUUAUAGACUCAAUGUUAAAGGGAAAGCCGAUCAGUGAAAUGGAAAUGGCCAAUGUGUGCACCAUUAUCAAUAACCUGCCGCCACUAUUCAUACAAUUAGAUCAAUGGGCAAAGAAAUACGAGCGCCAGAAGAAAGAGAAGUUGGAGUUGAAAGAAUUAUGAUCACUUUUGUGUAAUUUGUAUUUUUAAUUAAUCGCUUUUUAUUUAUUUAUACCAAUCGCUUACACUUUGAAUUUGUUUUUUAAAUCAACGCAUUAUUUAACCUCAUUUUGAUGUAUUGGACCCGCAUUUCUGUUUAAUU